AUCUUGACUUCAGCAAAGCUUUUGACAAAGUGCCCCAUGAUAUUCUGAUUAACCAACUAGCUAAAAGUGGGCUAGAUGGAACAACUAUUAGGUGGAUUCACAGUUGGCUACAGAAUCGGACUCAAAGUGUGCUUAUCAACGGAACCUUCUCAAACUGUGGGGAGAAACGCAAUGGAUACAGCCAGCCACAGCCUGAUCCUUCUGCAGCAGCUGAACAUGCAACGGGAAUUUGGCUUCCUCUGUGACUGCACAGUUGCGAUUGGGGAUGUCUAUUUCAAAGCUCACCGAGCUGUCUUGGCUGCUUUUUCAAACUAUUUUAAGAUGAUAUUCAUUCAUCAGACAAGCGAAUGCAUAAAGAUUCAGCCGACAGAUAUCCAGCCCGACAUAUUUAGCUACCUGCUACAUAUUAUGUACACCGGAAAAGGACCCAAGCAAAUGGUCAACCAUGCCCGGCUGGAGGAAGGCAUCCGUUUCCUGCACGCCGACUACCUUUCCCGCAUGGCGAUCGAAAUGAACCAGAUGCUCUCGCCGGAGGCUGUGCCAUCUUCAAACUUGUACGGGAUCCAGAUCUCCACCGCGCAUAAAACUGUCAAGGAAAACCUGCAGGCGAAAGACAGCGUCACGGGUCUCGGAAGCAGGACUGCCAGCCAAGGGGACCACCCUCAGCUUCAGCUCUCUCUGGCUAUCGGGCUCGACGAGAGCUCUUUGGACCAGCAAAUUUCUCAUCCUUCUGUCCAGGCAGCCGUGAAACCUGCAGAGGAGCUUGCAAACCCACCUGUGACGAUCAAACAGGAGAAGACUGACCCGGAGCCGGUGGUGUCCCAGAGUCACACCUCAUCCUCCCCAGAGGUCAGGGGUUCGGUUUUUCCUAAAGCUAACCUCAAAGUCCAUUUAUGUCAGUACUGCGGGGAGCAUUUUGAGUCCCGGAGUAAUUUACGUGAACACCUGUUUACUCACGUGUCAGGAUCGUUGCCAUUUGGGGUCCCGGCCUCGAUCCUGGAAAGCAACGACCCCAGCCAGCUCCAGUCCCUGAGUGAGAACUGCGAAGCUGUCCGGGGUCACCGGCUGGGCCCCUUCCUCCGGAAAGAGAACGAGCGCCAUUCGGAGCACCCUGCCCGCGGCAACCUUGAUCCGUUGCCCAUUGGCCAGUUGUCACUGGUGUCCAAAGACUCCGAGCCCGUGGAGUUAAACUGCAACUUUUCCUUCUCACGGAAAAGGAAAAUCAGCUGCACGGUCUGCGGCCACAAGUUCCUCCGGAAGAGCCAGCUGCUUGAGCACAUGUACACCCACAAAGGUAAACACUUCAAAUUCGGCCGAUGCCAGAGGCUCGGCAACGCAGUGGCCUCCAAGUUUCAGCCGUAUGGCGACAGCUGGACUCAAAGUGUGGUGAAAAGCGCCACCACCCUCUCGCAAGCCCAUGUGGAUUCACAAAACGGGUCGGAUCCUGACCUCUCUCAAGAGAGCAUUGACACCAUCCUGGUUGAAUAGCGUCUUCCUUCUCCAUUGUCCUUUUGAUUGUAUGUGCUUUUAGGCUGUGGAUGUGUGCAUAAAUCUCCGUGUCUGUUUCACUACUGUUGAAGGUGUGUUAGUACAGAAGAAGAGCCGUGCUGGAUUAGACCAAAGGCCUAUCUAGUCCCGCAUCCUGCUUCCCCCAAUGGCCAACCAGAUGUCUGUGGGAAGCCCACAAGUUUAACAUGAGUGCAACGGCACCCUCCCGCUCAUGUUCCCCAGCAACUGACGUUCAGAGGCAUGCUAUGCCUCUGAUACUGGAGGGAAUAUAUUGCAACCCUAACUAGUAGCCAUUGGUAACCCCUUCCUCUAUGAAUUUGUCUAGUCCCCUUUUAAAGCCAUCCAAGUUGGUGGCCAUCACUGCGUUAUGUCUUGUUUCAUGUUCUUCUUUUCAUGCUAAAAAGCUCCGUUUUAGCUCAGACUUCUCCAACCUGGUGCCCUCUAGAUGUUUUGGACUACAAUCCCCAAAAUUCCUGACCGUUGGCCAUUCUGGCUGGUGCUGAUGGGAGUUGAAGGCCACAGCUAGACCUAAGGUUUAUCCUGGAAUCAUCCAGGGUUCACCCCUGCCUGAGCACUGGAUCCCCUGUGUGUCACCUAGAUGAACAGGUUUGACCCCUGGAUGAUCCAGGGAUAAACCUUAGGUCUAGCUAUGGCCGAAGUCUACUCUAGCCUAUCUUACUGGGUUGGUUGCAUGGCUGUGUUUGAUGUAAUUACAUCAAUAUCAGCUUCAUAAAGUGUUGUGAAAUGCAAACGAAACCACCAAGUGCAUGGAUAGAGGCCAUAGCAUUGCAUGCAGAGGAUUCUAUGUUCAGGCCCUGGCUUUCUCCAGUCAACAGGAACCCAGGUUGCAGGGAAAGAUCUCCACCUGAACCAGAGGAAACUAUGGCCAGUCCAAAUAAAUAUUAGAUGGGCCAAGGGGCUGAUUCAUAAAACAGUUUCAUGUGUUCACAAGAGCAGAUAUUCCCAGAUGUUUUCAGACAUGGAGUUUGUAUAGGGAUAUCUUUUGUGUAGCAUUUUGUCCCCUUUUGACUCUUCCCCCCCCAUUACCUUUUACAAGUUACAGCUACCUAGAUUUCAAUUAAAUAUAAGGAAAAGCUGCCUGACAGUAAGUUCUGUACAACGGUGGAACAGUCUACUUACAGAGGUUGUGGGUUCUUCAUCUCUGGAGGUUUUUAAGAAGGGGCUGGACAGCCACCUCUCAUGGAUGGUUUAAUUGGUUUUCUUGCAUAUGGCAGAGGGUUGGACUACAUGAUCCUCCCAUGAGCUCCUUCACAUUUUGAUGAUUCUAAGUAUUCAGAUAUCAAACUAGGAAGAUGAGAGGUGAGGAAGUGGCCUUUCUUAUAAAUGUCGCAGUGCUUGUAAAAGGAGAAAGUUGUAGCGAGCAUCCCAAGUUGGGCUUCAGAAUAAAAAUUAAAUACAUUUAAAAGUACAUAGGAUUUCUAUUUAUUUUUAUACCAUUUUUAAAUAGGGCUACGGUGUUCAGCCAGUUAACAGUUGAUUAAUUAAAAGAUGUCCUGGAUUAGUCAAGUAGCAGAAUGUUUUUGUUUUUAAUUAUGUUUAAUAGAAAGCCUUACAAAACUGGAGAUGGGGGGAAGAUCACAAAGACUCCGACUUGGAAAAAGAAAGCGAUCUUUUUUUUGCUGCAGAACAAAUGUUUUUAUUUACAUCUGUAUUGAAUGCAAUAAUUGAUGAAAACAUAUACAAUCACUCAACUCACAUUUCUUUAACCAGGUGACAGUUGUAGUUUUCUUAAGGGACCUCAUAGCCCCCUUUCUAUAGGAAGCUGAGUUACAGCAGGUUAGCUAUUUGUUCAUCUAGCCCAGUAUUGCCUGUUCUGACUGGCAGCAGCUUUUCAGGGUCAUCUCAGGCAGAGAACCUUUCCCGUCACCUGCUGCCUGAUCCUUUUAAUUCAUGGGUGGCACAAA